AUGAACCUGCUCAACUUAGAACUUCGCCAUCAUAAUCUCGAGUUAGAGAAGCCCGAGCUUAGAAGAACUUAUCCUUCGCAUUCUCAACUUCGAAGCUCGCGUCAGGCACCAUUGAUUGAAUCAGAUGGAGAGGGCAUAAGUGAUGGUGAUGUUGGUUGGAAUGAAAACGAAGAAGAAGCGACUUCGACAUCUGCAACAUCAGAUCGACAAGAAAAUAAUCAUACUAUGAUAAAUGGAAAAUAUCUAUCUCCUGAUGCUGAUAAGUGUGUCCGGAAUCUUUAUAACCUGCAUAGUGUAUUGGUUCAUAAUGGUGGUGUGCAUGGUGGACACUACUAUGCAUUUAUCAGGCCAACUCUUUCAGAUAAAUGGUGA